UGUCAUUUUUACCAGAAAUUAAGCAUUGUGCAACAUAAAGGGCUUUUACUUCCAAGUGUCUUCAAUGCGGAACGCCCAUUAAAACCGAGCAUUUGCAGAGCUCGACUCAAAACCUGGGUAGAAAAUAGACUAUUACUUAUUGUUCAUAAGUACACAGUCACACAAUAACAGUAUAAAACAAUAAACAAGUCCAGUUCAUCUGACCUAUAAAUGUCAAAUAAAUACAAUAGGUUAAACAAUAUUUUAAUAUAAUUCAUGUUUUUUGUAUUCACUACGUCAAUUUGACGUAUGCAAUCUGUAAAACAAUACCAAAUAAUUCAACUUAUUAAAAAUACAUUUCAAAACAGCAGCUCAAAAUCAUUUAAUAUAAUUUAUCUUUGUUUUACUACGGUCACAGAUUGAUCAUCAUUGCGAAAUCACUUCAAACUAAAGUGUACUUUGUGAUUUCGUUUUUAAACUAUAUAUAUCCCGUUUAAAACACUACUAUUCCCAAGAUUCUCGGAGGAGGUCCAAGAUUUCCGGGGAUAGCGUUGCCAGUGGGAAGGUGCGCGCAGGGGGACCUGUUGGAUAUGACGGGAGCAAAAAUCCUGUUUCACAUACGAAAUCAAAACAAACAGCCCGGGGUCUAAGGCACAGAGCAGGCAGAGAGCUUCCAGACGGCGUCAAACAGGGUGAUGCUUAAUGGAGACGCUCAUGAGUGCCGUGGCCCCGCGUGCACCAGCACCAGUGCCGGCGAGGCGGGUGUCCGAGGUGGACUUCCGCUCGGGCACGACAUUUGAGCAACUGUCUGCGCAGGUGCAGGAGCUUGUGCAGAUGGAGCAGGGGGAGUUUGGAGACCAGACUGCGCUCGAGGUGCACACGGCCAAAGACUUUAUCUUCAACAUGCUGGGGCUGGUCCAGAAGGUAGACAAGCGACUACCAGUUGCCAAUGAAUACCUGCUGUUGUCAGGUGGGGCCAGGGAGGGUGUCCUUGACCUUAACCCAGAAGACCUAGGUGACUACGCCAGAGGUGUUGACUUUGAUUUGGACUUCACUUUACUGGUGCCUGCUCUUAAGCUGCAUGAUCGCAAUCAGCCCGUAACGCUGGAUAUGCGGCAUUCCCCAGCAUUGCAUUCAUGGCUGAGUCUACGCCUGUGCGACCCUGCAAUGUUGUCACGUUGGAGUAUCUGCUGUCAAGACGAGAAUGAUAAAGAGAAGAAAGAUGAGGACGACGAUGAGGAGGAAGAAACUGGAGCUGUACAAGGUGCAAUCCCUUCCUUAUCCCCUCAAUCAUUAGAUGGAUGCUAUUUCUCACCUCUGUUGGUCGCUGACUGGUUUUGGAAUGUAGUUGGGAAGGCAGUGGAGAAGCUGCGGCAGAAUCCUCAAAGGGGGAUUCCCGUUCCUGAUCGUGUAGAGCGGAAUGGUCCACUAACAACGCUUAUUCUCACUGCAGGAACUAGCCGUAUCCUUUACGAUUUGAUUCCAGUAGUUUCAUUUCGUGGCUGGCCAGCUAUUGCACAGGGCUGGCUAACUACAAACCAUUUCUGGGAUGGUAAAAUAACCGAAGAGGAGGCUAUCAGUGGCUUUUACUUGCUUCCAUGCUGUUCGUCUGCUGCUAGUCCUUCUACCAGACCUGACCGUGAGUGGAGACUUGCCUUCUCCCGCAGUGAGGUUCAGCUGAAAAAAUGUGUACCCUAUCCAAUGGCACAGGCCUUCCAAGCUGCUAAAGCUGUUUUGUCAAGACUGUUAGCUCGACCUCGCACUGGCCUUAGCCUUUACCACCUACGUACCUUGAUGUUUUGGGCAUGUGAUCGCUUGCCUACAACCUAUCUUAGCUGCCCAGAUCAUGAGACACCUUCCCGGCUGUUCCUUGGUCUUCUGGAUGACCUGGCACACUGCAUUCUAGGCAAAAACUGUCCCAAUUACUUCCUUCCCCAGUGCAACAUGCUGGAACACCUCACAGAUGAUGCUACCCUGUUGGUUGCACGGAAACUUGCACAUUUACGCUCAGAUCCUGCUGAGCACUUAAGAGCAGCAUUAGAGCAGACACGACAGGCAUGCCAGCUCAAACGUGAGGCGGCGGCAACAACAAGCAAUGGGCACGGGUUAUCAUUGCCUAGGCAUGGUUAUGGUGCAGUGUCGCCACAAGAUGACCAGUUGGCACAGCGACUACAACAGUUGGUAACAGAGAACCCUGGCAAGUCCAUUUCAGUCUUCCUCAACCCAGAUGACGUUACACGGCCACAUUUCCGCAUUGACGACAAAUUCUUCUGAGUGGACUAAGCAGACACCACAAGGUUUACACACAUACAAAAAGAGGGAUCGUCACGUCACCGUUCUGCGGUAUAACACCACAUUUUUAAUGAUUGAAAUUCUUUCAUAAUUUAUUAACCCUUAUGUCAUUCAGAACCUGUAUGACUUUCAUUAACCAAACAAUACUGGAACCCAUUGGCUUCCAUUGUAUAGACACAAAACCACAGAGACAUUUCUCAAAAUAUUACAGACAUGCAUAGGUUUUGAAUGACAUGCAGGUAAAUAAAUGUUGACAGAAUUUUGUUUACAGGUAAACUAUCCCUUUAACACUCGACUACUAAAUCAAAUUUACUAGAUUCUCAAUAGAGGGAUUGAAAGAGUUUUAUUUAUCAACUGAUAUUAGAAAUGUCAGGGAGAACUGAAAUGAUUUUUUAUACUUAAAAAAGGUAUAGCCGUGAUUGAACAGCAUCCUUCUGGAAUCCCCAUGUGACGGAUGGACAUCAAGCAGACUGAAGCAGUGGUGAUAUUCUUAAGGGUUUUAUGCUGGUUUUAGCCUGAUGCUCAAUACUACUGAGAAUUGAUACACAAGUGCUGUAAUCCACUGUAAAACCUGAGGGCAAUACAACAGGAAAACCAACAAGGCAAAGUAACAUUAUGAUGAAACCGAAUGUAAUUUUUUGUCGAGAAGUUUUGGAUCUAUUUAUCACAUAAUCUUCUCUUGCUUAGUCUUUUUUGGUAUGUCAGUUACCUGCUUGCACCCUUUCUCAGGUAAUUUUUCUUGGUUUUUACUCAUGGUUUUUGAACUGUGCUUUACAGUAAGAGAUAAAGCAGAGCGAGAGAAUAUCUCUGAAACCCAGGCCUUGUCAUUUACACUGUAAAAAGCUGCUUUACAGCCUAUAGAAAUAACCUUUUUAAGCAGAAUAUUUUUUGUUCUAAACUAUUUUGUUUACUUUAAGUUUUCUAGGUUAGAGUGUGCCAAUGAUUGGGACAGAUUGUUUUAAAUUCUGGAUAGUAAUUGGUUGAGCUAAUGACACAGAAAUAGCACUAAAGUAAUGAGAUUUUGUAUUAUUUUGCUGCAGGGGUACUUAAUGCGUUAUGAUGUCUGUCUUCUGUAUGCCAAGGAAAAGACACCAAAGAAAGUUCAAAGGACUGAUUAAAUCACAUGAAGGCUAAUGGGAAUCUCUACUGUAUAUUGUCAGGAUUUUACACUGUAUAACUAAAAAUGCCUAUUUAAAGGGUGUAAAUGUUAUAAAAUGCUUUAAAUUAGCAUAGAUAAUAUUUUGUGUUUUUCUGUGUAUAUUAUGCCCACUGUUUUAGCACAAUGCCUGAUAUCAGAUAAACAGUGGUACUAUGCAAUUUCAGUGUUUUCAAAAUCUCUGUAAAAGAGAUAUUAAGGUGUAUUAUCUGUGGUAAUAACCUUGACUGUUUUCUAUAAUGAUAAUUAUUUAUUUGAGUAAAAUCAAUGAUCCUGCUUCAGGGUGUGAUAAAAUAUUUCUGAGACAUUUCAGGUCUAGUAUCUGUAAGCAACCAAAGUCCAUACAUUUUUGUCCCAACUUUUGAAUUAUGCUCAUGUGGGCCCAGUGUUCCUUUAACAAACACAGUCCCUCAAGUCAUUCUGUGGUGUACAAAACUACAUAAUUUAAAUAAAAACAGAGUUUAUUUAAAUGCUACAAAUAUUUAUAUUUCAAAUAAUUUCUUGUGUGUGACUCAAAAGUUUUUUUUCCUUUUGAGAGAGAUUUCUUUUAUUUCAUUUGUGUGUGAUGAUGCUGGCUGUAGCAUGAAAUAAAAGUAAAUCUU